GGGCUUCGCGGACCGCUCGGAACGAGUGCUAGUCUGCCUAAUUAUCGGAUUAUUGCAACGCAGCAGAACGCGGUAUCGUGAUCGCUGUAUCGUGUGCAACAAGUCUUCGAUACUCCACUUCAGGUAAGCAUAACGCGGCAACAGGCGGACCGCUCCUACCUUGGGCGUCCUUGUUCCUCUGCCUUUCUCAUGCUCCCAAGCACUGAUGAUAUGGUCGCGGCCAAUGGAGACAUACCGCACACGUAUGUAUGACAACCGAUGCCGCUCCCCCGCAUCGUUUGGUCGGGUUCUCUGGAAACAUUUUUGAACAUUGGCGAAAAUAGUCCGACCAAACUUUUUCCGUUUGUUUAUGUCCCCAGGAUGUCCCACCGCCGUUCACAUAUAUAAGGCUGACCUUCCAUUAUUUCAUACAUUUCCCAUACUGUUUCUGAAGAAAUGAAGCUCCUAGCGUUGGUUUUGUUGGGAUGCGUUUCAUCCGCUUUUGCAUCCUUUGGUGUCACAACGUCGGGCACUAAGAUGCUAGUCGAUUCGGGAGGAGGCCUCGUUACAACAAUCAACACUUCAAACGGGGAUAUCAUCUCCCUUGACUACAACGGAAAGGAAUUACAAGAUUCUUCAAAAUUCACCCAACUUAGUUCUGGCCUGGGGUCCGCGACUGUCACUUCAACUGUCGACAACGACAUCGCAGUAGUGACAAUCGAGACUGACACCAUCAAACAUUAUUAUAUUGUCCGGUCAGGUGAAAAUACCCUGUAUAUUGGAACGUACGCAUCUGCGGAACCGUCGGUUGGCGAACUGCGGUUCAUCGCACGUUUGGCAAAGGAUGAGCUCCCGAAUGGAACCCCAGAAUCUGAAGUAAAUGGGGGGACGGCCAUCGAGGGCUCUGACGUCUUUGAGUUGGACGGAGAGACACGAUCCAAGUUUUAUUCGAGUAUCCGCUUCAUUGAGGACCAAGUUCAUGGUGUAACCGGAGAUAGUGUCGGGGCGUAUGUUGUUAUUCCAGGCGUUGGCUAUGAAACGUCAUCUGGUGGACCAUUCUUCCGAGAUAUCGACAACCAGGGAUCCGCCCAACAGGAAGUCUAUUUCUACAUGAAUUCCAAUCAUGAACAGACGGAGAGCUAUCGCACCGGAUUUUUCGGGCCAUAUGCCCUGGUAAUUACAAGCGGGUCAGCACCUUCAGGUGACCUCGACAUGAGCUUCAUGGAGGAUCUUGGUCUUGAGGGCUACGUAGCGUCCUCGGACCGUGGCACCGUAUCUGGCACUUACUCGGGAACCUUGUCUGGAGUCGACGUGACCAUUGGAUUCAGUAAUGACGAUGCACAAUACUGGACAUCAGCAUCCAGUGGAUCUUUCUCACGAGAUUCCAUGAAACCUGGAACAUAUACGGCGACGCUCUAUCAAGGAGAGCUUGCCGCAGGAACUGGCAGUGUCACUGUGACAGCCGGGUCAACUACCACCUUGAAAUUGACAUCCACCCUUGAUGUCCCCGAUACUAUUUGGAGCAUUGGUACUGUUGAUGGCACUCCAUCCGGUUUCUUGAACGCCGACCUCAUUGAAAAAAUGCAUCCGUCUGAUUCGAGAAUGAGCGACUGGGGCCCAGUGACAUUCACUAUCGGCUCGAGCUCCGACUCUGAUUUCCCGAUGGCUCAAUUCAAAGACGUAAACAAUCCUACUACCAUUAACUGGACUGCAUCGUCAUCCGAAAUUGGGGAGCGAACUUUGCGCAUACGUACUACAGAAGCGUUCGCAGGUGGAAGACCACAAAUUACGGUGAAUAGUUGGACCUCAAGUGCCCCUUCAGCUCCAACAGCCGUGAACUCGAGAGGUGUCACCCGUGGGACCUGGCGCGGACUCAAUCAAGUUUACGACUAUACCAUCCCUGAUGGAACACUGACAGCAUCGACCAACACCAUCACUAUAUCUAUCAUUAGUGGUAGCUCGGGUGAUGAUUUCCUGAGCCCUAAUGUCGUCUUCGACUCGGUGGAAUUAUUCUGAAGGUCUGUACUAUGAUGUUAGCGUAGCCCGAGACCAAAUUUAUGCUUCUUCGGUUGUUAACCGUAAACGUGCAUGUUCGACCCACAAUCCAAGAAGUGCUUCCCUCUCAACUA